AUGCUGGAUCUCUCUGCCGCUUUCGACAACAUCGACCACAUAACCCUUUUAAACCGCCUCGAACAACAGUUUGGCUUUGCUGAAAAACCACUACAGUUGGUUGCUUCCUACCUAUCUGACCGCUUCCAAACGGUGAGAAUUGACGGCAAGGUAUCAGAACCAGUGCUGCUGAACUUCAGCGUACCCCAGGGAUCUGUCACUCACCUUAGUCCAAAGCCGCUGAUCAUUGCCGAACGUUUUCGAUUUCAUAAACGAAAUCAGGCGACGGGGGAAUGUAUCAAGGACUAUGUAGCGACAUUAAGGAAGUUGGCGGAAUUUUGUAACUUUGGCAACAACCUUAACGACACAUUAAGGGACAGAUUCGUUUGCGGUCUUCGUGAGGAAACAACACAACGGAAGUUGCUUUCAACAGUUGACCUUACAUUCGCUAAAGCAAUAGAAAUUGCAACUGCUAUGGAAACAGCGACCAAGGACGCCGCAGAACUUAAGUCGUCGGCAGCUACCGGAAGUGUACACCGGAUUGCUAACCGUAAACACACAAAGACAAGACUACCGCCUAAAAGGGAAACGGUGCAAGUUACUUCUAAACCGAACUGUAUUCACUGUGGGAAGAACAACCAUGUGUCACAAAAAUGUCGCUUGAAAAAUGCCGUAUGUCACUUCUGCAAGACAAAAGGACACAUUCAGAAAAUAUGUCCCAAAAUGAAACACGUCAAUGCAAUGAACACCACAGAUAAUAACAAUGUUUUGAUUAUUAAUUCUGUGAACCGUGGAGACAACAAAAUAACAGUGUCACCUGAAAUUGACGGACAUAUAUUCAGAAUGGAAGUUGACACAGGAUCGGCGGUGACAUUAAUGUCGGAAAUUGAUUUCCGAAAACGGUUCGGAAAUGUACCACUAGAUCCCGCGAAAUCAGAACUUAAGACGUACUCCGGGGAAAUCAAUAAACAAGUAGGUACCAAGGUUGUAACAGUAAAGUACAAUGGACAAUCAACACAAUCACGGCUUUGUGUGAUUCAAGGCACUGGUCCUAUGUUGUUCGGGAGAGACUGGCUAACGGCUAUCAAGUUAGACUGGCAACGCAUUGUUCCCGUAAACGUGAUCGAAAGAGAUAUUGUUAAAGACAGACUAAACACGAUUUUGAAAAACAAUGCAAUUGUUUUCGAUGAAGGUAUCGGAAAAGUGAAGGACAUAAAAGCCAGGUUAACAUUGAAAGAAGACGCGUCACCCAGAUUCUUGAAAGCAAGGACAGUUCCGUACUCUAUGAAACCGAAAAUAGAGCGUGAACUCGACAGCCUUGAACGGCAAGGUAUUAUUUCGAAGGUAAAUACCAGCAGAUGGGCAACGCAAAUCGUUCCAUUAUUGAAAAGCAACGGACAGGAUGUUCGAAUUUGUGGAGACUUUAAAGUGACAGUCAACCAAGCACUUGAAAUUGACAAAUACCCCCUACCAAGGAUCGAGGACAUCUUCGCGAAUCUGUCACACGGACAGAAAUACUCGAAACUGGAUCUUCGCCAGGCGUAUCUCAAACUUGAGGUCGACGACGACAGCAAGGAAUUGUUGACCAUUAACACUCAUCAAGGGCUGUAUCGGUACAACAGAUGUGCGUACGGAAUAUCGUCACUUCACGCACAAUUGACCAGAUACUUCAAGGAAUACCUGGAGUGCAAUGCAUUCUUGAUGACAUGGUCGUGA